AUGGUGCCGAGAGAUCAAUCGCGACGAUCAUCCUCUUUUGAGCUUGAGAAUCCUACACGAAGACAUACCAAUGUCUACGCUGAGAAUGCAGCAACGCACGAUUUCGAUGGCGAAGUGCGAGGCAAGUUUCGCGGUGACAGAAAGCGCGAAUUGACUGAGGAGGAUGCAUACGAAGUACUCGGCUUCAGCUUCAUGAUAUUUAUUGUGCAAAUGUCGAUGAACUUUAAAAGCAGCACAUACUCGAAUGCGGUGGUGCAACUAUCGGAACAUUUUCAAAUCAGCCAGCAAGCUGCCCGAAUGGAAUUCGGCCGAUGGCCUAUUAUGCAAAUGAACCUUCUCCUUGUGAACAUAUGGCAAAUCCCCUGUGCUCUGGCGCCUAAUUUUGGAACCAUGGUGGUCUGCCGUGGUCUUGGGGGACUGAGUUUAGCAGGAGGCUCGGUUACCCUGGGUAUGACUGCAGAUAUGUGGGAACCGGAGGACCAAGGCUUCGCUGUAGCCUAUGUGGUCUUGAGUUACGUCGGUGGGACUACUAUUGGGCCCAUAUUUGAAACGCGUUCAUCGAUUUCGUUAGACCGGGAGGCUAAACGUCGACGCAAAGCAGGCGAAGAUACGAAUGUUUAUGGCCCAAACGAGUUGAAGCCUUCACGAUUUGAGGUUAAGAAAAUCCUCCGUGUUUGGCGACGACCAUUUGAAAUGUACCUGCGUGAGCCCAUUGUACUUUUUCUGUCUUUGCUUUCUGGCUUCUCUGAUGCGUUAAUAUUUACCUGCAUUGAAUCAUUCCCCUUGGUUUUUGCACAAUGGGGGUUUAAUCCACUUCAAGUUGAAUUAUCCUUUAAUGCCAUUGUCGUGGGCUAUCUGGUUGCUUAUGCCAUUUUUUGGCCCGACAUCAAUCGCCAGCGCUUGAUCCGACGACGCGAAGGCGACGCGGCUUGGCUGGCUGAGCGCCGGCUCCUCCUCCUGCUCUUCAUUGCGUUGGACUCUUUGGACUAUAUGGUGGCAGCAUAUGGUGAGUAUUCUGCCUCCGCGACUGGCGGGAAUGGGUUCGCCCGAGAUUUGCUCGCUGGUCUCUCCGCGAUGUACGCAACCCCAGUGUAUACCAAUAUUGGCGGACGAUUCCACCUCCAAUGGGCGAGCACGAUCCUUGGUCGCUUGGCACUCUUGGUGACAAUUCCAAUUUACAUCUUUUACAAGUUCGCACAGACCCUUGCCGCGGAUAGGCAAAGACAUGCAAGUACACGGCGGAGUAGCCGUAUGUGUGCGGCGAGAAAGGUAUCUACGGUGUAA